CUGGCGCCAGUUCCGUCGCGGCCGGUGCUGCGGUGCGGUGUGCUGGCGGGGAUCCUCGCUCCCAGAGGUCCUCUGUGAGUCACCGCUGAGUUGUCGCGAUCGCCACCCAGAGGAAAUCAGGCAGAGCGUAGGGCGCGUUCCCGGCUGCACUCGCGCGCCCUGCCCGCGCCGCUGAGCCCCAUCGCUCGCCCUAGCCCCCUUCUUCUUGCGGGUGCUCCUAGGUCUGGUGCGUUGCGGUGGCUUCGGCGCGGGCCUGAGCCUUCGCGGAGAAAGAGUUAACCCGCUGGAGCGAGGAGGAGCCGAAGAGGAAGGAAGGAAAUUAUCGGCGUUCUGAAAGUUUUUCCUUCCUCUCUUUUUUUCCGCGGCAGAGGUGAGUGCGGGCAGGCGGCGGCGCUGACCCGUCUCUGCUCGCGGAGCUGCCGCCCGAUUGCCUGGGGACAGGGACAGCUCGUGCUCUCGGACUUCUUCUAGGACCCUUUUCGAAAGGGAACGCCAAGCCAUGGAGGGCGCAGAGCUGGCCGUGAAGAUCUUUUCCAUCUGGCUGACGCUGGUGCUCGGCUUCAUCCUCCUGCCUUCUGCCUUUGGGGUGUCUUUGGGCAUUUCUGAGAUCUAUAUGAAGAUCCUGGUGAAAACUUUAGAGUGGGCCACAUUGCGAAUUGAAAAAAGCGUCCCAGAAGAGUCAUUUAUUAAAAACUCAGCUUCUGUUGGUAUUAUCCAAAGAGAUGAGUCACCCAUGGAAAAAGGGCUCUCUGGUCUGCGAGGAAGGGACUUUGAGCUGUCUGACGUGUUUUAUUUCUCCAAGAAGGGAUUGGAAGCCAUUGUGGAAGAUGAAGUGACCCAGAGGUUCUCCUCAGAGGAGCUAGUUUCAUGGAAUCUCCUUACAAGGACCAAUAUCAAUUUCCAGUACAUCAGUCCACGGCUCACCAUGGUGUGGGUAGUAGGUGUCAUGGUACGCUACUGUGUUCUACUACCUCUGAGGGUAACCUUGGCUUUCAUUGGGAUCAGUUUGUUGGUUAUUGGAACUACACUGGUUGGGCAGCUACCAGAUAGCAGCCUCAAAAACUGGCUGAGUGAACUGGUCCACCUGACUUGCUGCCGGAUCUGUGUGCGAGCCCUCUCUGGUACCAUUCAUUAUCACAACAAGCAAUACAGACCCCAGAAGGGAGGCAUUUGUGUUGCCAACCAUACCUCUCCAAUAGAUGUUUUGAUCUUGACAACGGAUGGAUGCUAUGCCAUGGUCGGCCAGGUUCAUGGUGGAUUGAUGGGAAUUAUUCAGAGAGCUAUGGUCAAGGCUUGUCCACAUGUCUGGUUUGAACGUUCAGAAAUGAAGGAUCGACACCAGGUUACUAAGAGACUAAAAGAACACAUUGCUGAUAAGAAAAAAUUACCCAUAUUAAUCUUUCCUGAAGGAACUUGCAUCAAUAACACUUCAGUCAUGAUGUUUAAAAAGGGAAGCUUUGAAAUAGGAGGGACCAUAUAUCCAGUUGCAAUUAAGUAUAAUCCUCAGUUUGGUGAUGCAUUUUGGAACAGUAGUAAAUACAACAUGGUGAGCUACCUGCUUCGAAUGAUGACCAGCUGGGCCAUAGUCUGCGACGUGUGGUACAUGCCUCCCAUGACAAAAGAGGAAGGAGAAGAUGCGGUCCAGUUUGCUAACAGGGUUAAGUCUGCUAUUGCUAGACAAGGAGGAUUGACUGAACUUCCCUGGGAUGGCGGGCUGAAGAGAGCAAAGGUGAAGGACACUUUUAGGGAAGAGCAGCAAAAGAACUACAGCAAGAUGAUUGUGGGCAAUGGAUCUCUCAACUCUGAAUCAGACUAAUUGCCAGCCUGGCAAUAAAACUUGGUUUCCCAAAACUAGCUUUUAGAAAUGGUGUGUGUGUGUGUGUGUGUGUGUGUGUGUGUGUGUGUGUGUGUGUGUGUGUGUGUGUUGAGGGGAUGUUGUUUUGUUUUAUUAUUUGUUUGUUUGUUGUUAAUCUUUUCUACGGGAUGAUGGUCUCUACCUCUUUAUGCCAGAGACAGAAACCAUUGGUGCCCUUUUUGUUGUUAUAGCAUUAGCUUCCUACAUUCUAAGGUAGUCGACUGCCUUUUAUAAAAUGAUUAUGUCAUUGUUGAUUGAAUGAAAUAUUUGUAUGGGAAAAAGUGCUUCUAAAACACUUUUGGAACUCAUCGAUAUGGUAAUUCUCAAAAAAUAUCCCAAACUUUUUUUGUCAUGAUUAGCUUUCUCAUGCCUUGUCCUCCCACUCCUUUCAAUCACUUAAACAGUGAGAUUGCACCUCAGUUCGAGGUCCCAUCGUGGUUAUGUUCUCCUGAAAGAUCGAAAAGACAAAUAUAGGACAGUAUUUAGGAGAAAGGACAACUUUCUGGCCAUCUGAACUGAAAGCUGAAAGGAAAUGUUUUUUACUAGUGUAUUAGGAGAGAAAUACCAUUUGGUGAGCAUUACCAAAGAAAAGUGAGUUCAAGAUACUGUGUGUGAGAGCCCUUAUUUAUAUGUAGGCAAGUUGCAAAUAAAUACAUUUACCUAGCAACUAGUGAUAAAGUUUUUAGUUUUCCUUGUUUGUUUGCUGAAGAUCUGUACCCAGUGCCUCUCCCAUUUCCUGUAAGCAAACACCUUUCAUAUAGGAGGAGCCUUGUACAACAACAGAAAAAUCACAUUGAGUGUCUUUACUGGGAGAAUGAAUGAGGGAAGUCUGUGGCACUGCCCCUUACCCUCCACCGCUUUGUAGUUUAUUUUAGAACUUUCCCAGUUUCUUAAACAGGAAAAUAAAUGGUAAAAUUACCUUUUGGAAACUGAGCCUUAAAUUUUUUAAAGGGGAAAAUAAGUGUUUCCCGACUCACACAGCAUAAGCAAUGUUUGAUAGCAAUAUAAUACCAUCUUAAAGUCUGAGAGUGUUAUAUCUCUUCUGGUAACCAUGUAUAGAAUGUGAAACUGUCUUACAAUGGAUAUAAAUAAAUUCUAUAUUUCUAA